AUAUAUGUACGAGGAGCUUGCAAGCUGAACACGACACGCCAUUAAAGCCUGCAAAAGAGAGAAUCAGAAGAAGAGAAAGACGAAAGGGAGACACUCUCUGCCUUUCUCUAUCAUUUCCCUUCCACUUUUGUCUUCCUGAUCAACACAAAUUCAGCCUCAUAGUAUUAUUAGCAACGAUAAUACACUCUCUCACUUCUCUCACUGACAUUUACACCAGAAUUCUGUGUGGUGUGUAGAGGCUGGAGCAGGAGAAGAAAAGGAUAAUCUAUGGAGGGCGGCACAGGAAGAGGUUUGGAAUGCCAGAAGACUAUGGAUGGGAAGGCGAAUAAUGGGAAUGGUUCAGAGAAGGCUAUUCCUUCUUGUUGCCUGAAGGCUAGGGCUUCUGCCCCUGAGCUUGACGCAAAAUGCCAUUCUACUGUUGUUUCUGGGUGGUUCUCGGAAUCUCAUUCUUGCUCUGGCAAAACUAGCAAAAAGGUUUACUUCAACAACCCCAUGUGGCCUGGAGAAGCACAUACACUGGAAGUGAAAGAGAUUUUAUACAAGGGAAAGUCAGAGUAUCAAGAGGUCUUGGUUUUUGAGUCAACAUCAUAUGGGAAAGUGCUUGUUCUUGAUGGUAUUGUUCAAUUGACUGAGAAAGAUGAAUGCGCAUACCAGGAGAUGAUCGCCCAUCUUCCCCUUUGUUCGAUUCCAUCUCCCAAAACUGUUUUGGUUGUUGGUGGUGGUGAUGGUGGUGUUCUUAGGGAAAUUUCUCGCCAUAGUUCUGUGGAACAUAUUGAUAUUUGUGAAAUAGAUCAGAUGGUUAUAGAUGUGUCUAAGAAGUUUUUUCCACAAUUGGCUGUUGGAUUUGAGGAUCCUCGGGUCCGACUUCAUGUGGGUGAUGCUGUAGAUUUUCUCCGGUCAACUCCUGAAGGGAAGUAUGAUGCUAUUAUUGUUGAUUCCUCAGACCCUGUAGGUCCUGCUCAAGAGCUAGUAGAGAAGCCAUUUUUCGAGACAAUAGCUAGAGCAUUAAGGCCUGGUGGUGUCCUCUGUAACAUGGCAGAAAGUAUGUGGCUUCAUACACAUCUUAUUGAGGAUGUGAUCUCUAUUUGCCGUGAAACAUUUAAGGGUUCUGUUCAUUAUGCCUGGGCAAGUGUUCCAACAUAUCCAAGUGGCGUGAUCGGGUUUGUCCUCUGCUCAACAGAGGGCCCGCCUGUUGAGUUCUUGAAUCCUGUCAAUCCUAUUGAGAAGUUAGAAGGUGCUACCAAGUAUAAAAGAGAACUCAAGUACUAUAACUCUGAGGUUCACUCAGCUGCCUUUGCAUUGCCAACAUUUUUGAAGAAGGAGGUGAGCUUGCUCCAAGAUCAAGGGAGGUGAGCUUGCUCCGCGAUCCCCAGCAAAAGCACUGCUUCCACGUUUUGUAGUCAUUGAGUGGCGUUGGCCAUUGGAUUUUUACGAUAAGGUGGAUUUCUCGUGAAUGGGCAAUAGAUAUCAAGUGAUUAAAACUAGUACAAAUGUAGAUGCAUGUGAGAGCACUUGCUCAGCCUUUAAUAGUUUAGUGAGAAUUUUAUUCUAGCAUAUAUCAUCAUGGUUUCUACACGUACUUGAUUAGUACAAGACCUAUCUUUAAUAAUUCCCUGAUGCUGUGUCUUGUGGGAUAAUGGCUGUCAACUGUUAUCUGAUUUUGUUGUGGACUGAUGCCUUAAUGUAAGCAAAUCAGCUAUUAUUAAUUCAUAAUUUUUGCUUUUAA